AUGGAUACUCCCAGCCUGCUGUCCCUCACUGUGGCCUUUCUAGGUUUUCUGAGCCCAUGUCUGACCAAACUGACCCCCAGAGUCUCUUUUCCUAUGGGUAUACCUGGAAGACAUCUCACCCGCUUCAGUAGCCAUGAUGUCAGCAACACCACCACACUGCUGCUCAGUGAGGAUGGAGACAUGCUUUAUGUAGGAGCCCGGGAUACUGUAUUAGCACUGGAUGUUAGCUACAAGGAUUCCAUCAUACUGAGGAGUAAGCUGGACUGGAGCCCUUCAGAGAAAGACAUUGAGCAAUGUUCCAUGAAAGGCAAGAACAUGACUGACUGCCCCAAUUUCAUUCGUGUACUGCAGUUCUUAAACACCACCCACAUCUAUGCCUGUGGAACAUUUGCCUUCAGUCCACGCUGCACAUACAUUAAUUCAGAGACGUUAACAAUGAGUCUCAAGGCUGAUGAAGGAAGAGGUCGCUGCCCCUAUGACCCCUUCCAACGCAACACUGCUAUCAUCGUAGAUGGAGAGCUUUAUACGGGGACGGUGGCAGACUACAGGGGGAACCGGCCAGUCAUCUCCCGCCACCUCGGUGAGGGCCGGCGUGUGGACCUGAAGCUGGAUGAUACAUUAGGAUGGCUGGAGGAUCCAACCUUCAUCAGCUCCAGUUUCAUUCCUGAGGAGGAGAAAAUCUACUUCUUCUUCAGUGAAGUGGGCAGGGAAUAUGACUUCAUCGACAAAUGUAUUGUUUCUCGUGUCUCUCAGAUCUGCAUGAGUGAUGUUGGAGGUCAGCGGACUCUUCAGCGACGCUGGACCACGUUUGCCAAAGCUCAGCUGUUGUGCCAGGCUGACAAUGAGCUGCCCUACAAUGUGAUCCAGGACAUAGACACCCUCCCACCAGCAGAGGGAGCCCCUGCAGAUGACACACUCUUUUAUGGCAUCUUCACCUCCCAGUGGUCUGUCAAUUCUGGACGCUCAGCAGUAUGUUCAUUUCGCCUGAAUGACAUCAAAUCAGUUUUCUCUGGUAACUACAAAGUCCUGAACCGGGACACAUUACAGUGGAGCACACGGGUUCAAGACAAGGUUGCAAAUCCAGGAGAGUGUGGACUGCACAACGCGUCUGACAACGCCCUGCGCUUUGUCAAAGAAAACUUCCUUGCCGACGAUAGUGUGCGACCAGUUGGAAGAAGUCUGCUCAUGGUGUCUGCUGAGCACAAGUACAGCCAUGUGGCCGUCCAGAGAGUCCAGGCUGCCAACAACAGAGACUACACGGUCCUGUUUCUGCUUACAGAGUCUGGUUACCUACACAAAUCUGUCCUUCUGCAGAGUGGCGCCCAUAUCAUAGAGGAGGUUCAGGUUUUUGAGCAACCUCAACGUGUCAAGAGCCUGAAGCUCUCCAUACCCAAGGGUAUGAUAUAUCUUGGCACAUCCGAGGGUGUGGUCAGUAUUCCAACAGCCAACUGCUCUUUCUACUGGACCUGUCCCCAGUGUGUUCUGGCCCGAGACCCUUUCUGUGGUUGGGACCCUGCCAGCAGGGCCUGUGUGGAGGCCUCCAACAACCAUGCCAAUCUAGGCCAGGACAUAGACAGAGGAAAUGUUGAAGAGGCAUGCAACACCAUUUCCUUCACAAACAGAGCCAGAUUUGGACCAAACAAACUGCCUGCAGCCUCAUGUCCUGCAGGAAAGCUGGUGCCAGUGUCUCUGAAUGAAGUGGUACGGCUGCAGUGUCCCGCAGCGUCACAACUCUCCCAGCAGCUGUGGGAGCGUCCAAACAGCCGGCUGUCUUCAGACUUGUACCUAUACCUGGAGGAUGGGAGUCUGAGCUUUGUGGCAUCCCCCGCCACAGUGGGUCACUACAUCUGCCUGUCUACUGAGAACGGCUACCAACAAACUAUGGCCAUCUUUCAUGUCAAACAGAAGAGCAGCCCCAUGACUCAAACUCCAACUAGCUACACCUGGCCUGAGCCACACCAUAUACCCAACACAAAGAGUGUGGCCAGGCCUGGGCCAAGACUGCAUACCUCUGUGGGGACUUGGCCUCAAAUAACAGAAACAAGACAAGGAGAGACUGAGGCAGCACUUUCCAGCAGGGACACUCAAGUCACCACCAGACAGCAGGGCAGAAACGUUGCCCUGCAGACCAACGAAUCUGGGAAGAAAGAGGCUGAGUUCCAGGAUGGGGAGCCCCUGCUGUCAGCCCGAGGAUCCUGCUACCUUAAGGAGCUGGUGGUUGUGUCAGUUUUGCUGGUGCUCUGCCUCAGUCUGCUAAUCACCAUGCUUCUGUAUGUCAUCAGACAGCGCUGUUGUAGCCGAACGCAGAUAGUAACUCCAACCAGAGAAUCUGAGAGAAGGACCCCUACGGAGCAGGAGGCUCUCAAGGGUAACAGGUUUCUGAACAAAUGCAACGGACAGACCAGUGGGCUAGUUUGUAAUGGGGCACUCACAGGCUCUAAUGGGCAUUUGUCUAACACCCCCAUCUGA